CCGAAACUCGCAUGUAAUGGCCGACUUCGCGAUUCACUUAUCACUUCCCUAACUUCAUGAUUGUUGUGUGCGGCAUUUGUUUGCGCUGAAGUUCGUCUCUAAUGAGUUUUGUUAUUGCAAUUAUUUCGGAAACGAGGUGCUAUUAACUUCUGUGCAAUACAAUUUGUUAAGAAUAAGUGAAAUUUUCACGAGAACGGAAAGACCCUGGAGGAAACAACAUGACAUUGUUCGGUAUCCGAACACGUUCGACCAAUUUCACUUAUUUUCGUGAUUCGACGUCAGGUUAGGUUCCUAUCAAAAAGAAGCCGGCUUUCUUUUUAAAUUAAGGCUAAAGUAGCCAAGUAUUAAAAAAAUCAAAUUAGAUUAAUAUAUUAAUAGAGGGUCAGGUUAGGGUCAACUAAGAUCCUCGACGAGGUCAACGUCUAAGCGAAAAAGAUAUGGGAUCGUUGAACCUUGUUUGUCCUAUGUGCUGUGGAGAAACUUUCAACAAUCCACAGUCACUGAAAUACCAUUUAUUAAGCAUGACAGACAACCUGUACUGUCCUAGUUGUUCCCAGCGUUCUGACUCUGUAAUGGCACUUAUUCAACAUUUGGACCGGUGCGGGCAAAGUGCUGAUUCAGAGGAACCAUCUGAAAUGAAAGAAGAGUCUAUAGAAGAGGCUCAACGAGAAACAGAGACGAAUACAACAGUGCUAAUGGACACCAAUGUUGAAGAUAUAGACCAAAGUUUUCUAGCAACUGUAAAUGACAGUGGAAUUAUGAUAGUGGGGGGGCCUCAAACUAUUCAAGUCGAUGAAAAUGGAGAGAUUAAAGUUGUAGAGAAAAUGGAAACUGAAGAGGCAGACAUGGAGCGAAACUCUUUGGAAUUUAAAAUGACAGAAAAAGUUCCUAGUACUACAGAAAAAGAAGAGGAAAAAUCCUUGACCCAGGAUCAUAUAGUAACCAUUUCAGCAGCUGAGGCAGACGAUAAGGAUGGAAAUAAAAAUAUAAUUACAAUUUUGCCUGAGGGUUCAGAACUUCUUGAUGGAGAAACUGGAGAUUUGAUAAAUAUAGACCAUAUAAAUGAUGUAGGUGAAUUAGACGAAGACGGAUUGUUACAUGUGAAACAAGAACUUUGUGAGAUAGAACCAGAAGCUGUUUACAGUUGUACUAGCUGUGAUAUGAGUUUUAAUUCCGUUGUCGAGCAUAUAAAACAAUUUCAUGAUGGCCAAGAAGUAUUACUUGAAAUAGCUGAUCAAUUAGAUGAUUUACCUACUGUACCUGCAACUAAUACCGUACCACCAGAAUCAGGAAAUGUAGCUAAUCCACGACAAAGGCAAAGCAUGAACACUCUGCGUACAGAAGAGUGUGUAGACAGCGAAGGACGAUUAUAUACGCGAAAAGUAGUACAAAUAGAAAGGUUUUGGGAUAGAUCUCCAGCUCAGUCACCUUUACAGUCUACAAAGGCACCAAUGAUAGAAAAAUUUUUUUCUAAUGUAGAAGGAGUAAAAGUACGCGAGAAGAGAUUGGCUGCAGCGCCAAUGAGAAUGUACAGAUGUAACCAGUGCCUUCAACAGUUUUCCAAAUUAGUAAACUUCCGGGUACACGCGUGUCUCCACGGCAAUAACCGUUGCGACAGUUGUGAUCAAACGUUUGCAACGCCAAAAGCGUUGCAACUCCACGCAAAGGUUCACGAGGGUGAACCAGAUCCGAAUCAAAAAACUUUUGUAUGUGAAACAUGCGGCACGGAGUUCUGUUCACAUAAAAGCUUGCGCCUGCAUUCUCGAAUGCACGCGCCGGUCAGAGCAAGACACGUUGAUGCUCCUGAGGGAACACCCAGUGCCACGUUCACGUGCCCUGAGUGCGGCAAAACAUUAGCAGAAUCAUACAAAGAAGCGCACAUGGCAUUGCAUUCUGGUGACUCCGUGACUUGUACGGUUUGCAAUCGCAAGUUUGAUUCCGCUGAUAGUUUAGCGAUGCAUGCCGCAGUACAUACGGAGAUCAGUCAGUCGCACUCGCCAACACCGCCCGUGACGGAAACCGUGACCGCAGAACCCACAGAAAAUCAAAAGCCCUAUCAGUGUCAACACUGCGGUCGUAGAUUUACAAGACCUCACGAAAAAGUGAAGCACGAACGAAUUCACACUGGAGAAAAACCACAUGCAUGCGAAGUCUGCGGUAAAACGUUUCGUGUCUCUUAUUGUUUGACUUUACAUAUGAGAACUCACACCGGUGUGAGACCUUACGGAUGUCAACAUUGCGGAAAGAGAUUCAAAGCGUCCUCUGUGUACAAUCACCAUUUACUUACACAUGGAGACGAGCGUGCUUAUACCUGCCCGUAUUGCCCGAAAACUUUUAAAACACGAGUUCAAUUAGCAGGUCAUAAAAACAGUCAUACAAAACCGUUCCGAUGCACCGAGUGUUCCCGGCCAUUUGCCUCGCUGUACGCUGCUCGUGCUCACAUACAGACACACAAGAAAGAUAACAAUUUGAAAUUUAGUUGUUAUAUUUGUGGUGCGUCGUAUGGCAGAGCGUUCGCAUUAAAGGAUCACCUGAAACAACACGGACAAGAUGUAUUAGCUCCUCCGGAACCAGCGAGAGAAGAGGAAGUUCACGAAGGAGAGGAUUUCUUGCUGGCAGAGGAGGAAGUGGAGGAUGAUGAAUUGGUCAUCCCCUCUCCAUUACCAGUCGCACAAUCAUCAGAAGCGGAGGACACAGAAUAAGACUAUGAAAGCUAGUCAAAUGUUUGUUAUAAAUUGUAGUUUAAUAUUGUUCAAUAUACCGAUGAAUGUAAUGACGAAUUAUUUCCUAUUUUAUGUAGAACUCGGGGAUUGUAUCGGCAGGAUAUUACUAUUCACGCGUUGAAUUAGUAUGAAAUUUUUAGUUCUAAGGACGAACAUUCUAAUACAAACUGCUGUGACUAGGGAUGAGAUAGUAUUGGUUUGUAAAUAACAUAUUACAAAUUUGUAUAUCUUCAUUUGGUACUGUACGGAUAGAGAAAAAUGUUAAAUACGAGUAGCUAUUAUAUUAUGAGAAAGUAUAGUUUUUAUUGUGCCUAUUUAAUAUAUUGGAGUAAAAUGAAUUUAUAUUAUUUAAUUUGUAAUGUAUUUUAAGAUGAUAAGUUCAAUUGUUUGUUGCAAUGUGAUUCCCUACAAUUUCAAUUGUUUUUCUUUAUUUCUUUGCUUCUUAAUUUAAUUCGAUAUUAAAACAGAAGGAAAAAAGUUACAGAAUAUUACUUUAUUUUGAAACCCCAAAUAGAGUAAAGAAUCUAACGGAGAUCAAAGAUUAGUUUUAUCGCUAAUUUAAGUUCCAUUAAUGUUAGAAUCUACAAUAGUAUAAAAAUACAAAUGUAUUUGUGUGAACUGUUUUGUAAAGAAUUUACGAUUUCAAUUAAUUUUAUUCUUUUUCGAGGAGCCAAUACUUGUUACUACUGAAAGCGACACAGAACUAUUUACGCACGUAACUUAAAACAUUUUGAGAGCAUAAUGUUUAUAUAUUUUUCAUAUAUUGAAACAGAAUGGAACAUACACUGUAUUCUUUGAAAAUUAUAAGAGAAAUGUUCAUCCGGAUAGUUCUGGGUACGACUGAUUAGGAAGUAAUCUACCAAGUACAAAUAAACGCGAAAAGUUUCAUGUGAAAUAUAUAAUACGAAAAAUAAUGCAGCCAUAGACAAAUUUGUAUUUUUAUUUGAGCGUGCCAAAUUUAUAUAUUUGUAUAUAAGAGACCAAUUAAUUUAACCUUACUAAAAAAAAUUGAGUGCACACUAUUGAUAAAUAUCUGUGUAAAAUAAACGUGUACGUACGUGCACAAAUUUGCAACCAAAUAAAAAUAACGUUAAAAAUUUAAAUAGUAUUAUCUAUAAUAAAUAAUCCAUCAACGACA